AGCUCAUUUAAAUGAAGUCAUUAGCUACACGACUUCCUGUGAGCUAUUUGAGCAGAGCUUGAUGUGCAAUGGCUUGACACCACAUCAUAAGUGUUUGUAUGAGCCAGAUGCAGUUCCUCUACGAGCACAUGAUGAUGUAGAUCUCUGCGGUUAUUCACCAUGGAAACAAACACAUCAUGGGCCAUCACCUCUGAGGGUGAUCUCCCACCAGUAUUCAAAACAGUCAGUCUGGUGUUCUAUAGCAUCAUAUUCGCCGUAGGCUUGGUGGUCAAUCUCACAGCGCUCUGGGUUUUUGCUCUAACUACAAAAAGAAGGAGUUCUGUGACCAUCUACAUGAUCAAUGUGGCUGUUGUGGACCUCAUCUUCAUUGCCCUGCUUCCUUUCCGAAUGGCCUACUACAGCAUGGACUAUUGGCCGUUUGGUGAUAUGUUCUGCAGGAUCAAUGCAGCACUAACCAUACUCUAUCCAUGUUUGGCUCUCUGGCUCUUUGCCCUCAUUAGUGCUGACCGUUAUGUAGCCAUAGUUCAGCCACGGCAUAGCAAAGAGCUCAAGAACGUAAACAAGGCUUUGCUGUCAUGCGUGGGUAUCUGGGUCAUGACCCUGGGUGGUGCUGCGUCACUUCUUUUCCUGGAAGACGAUCCGGACCAAUUCUCCAACCACACCACCUGCUUGAAGAUGCAUGACAUCGUCUACCUGCGCCGUGACAACUCUGUCCACUUCGCUCGUCUGGCUUUCUUCUUCUUAGUGCCAAUGCUUAUUAUGGUGGGCUGUUAUAUCAUCAUUGUGGAAAACCUGAUGCACGGGCGCACAUCCAAACUCAAGCCCAACGUGAAGCAGAAAUCCAUCCGUAUCAUCAUCACACUGAUCAUGCAAGUGCUGGUGUGCUUUGUUCCCUUCCAUGUCUGCUUUGUGCUCCUGCUUUUUGAGAACAGUGGUCAGGAUUACAGCACCUGGGGCGCGUUUACAACCUUCCUGAUGAACAUGAGUACAGUGCUGGACAUUAUACUGUACUACAUAGUUUCUAAGCAGUUUCAAGACCGAGUGAUAAGUGUGAUCCUCUACAGAAACUAUUUGAGAAGUGUGAGGAGAAAGAGUCGACACACAGGAAGCGUACGCUCUCUCAGUAACCUUACCAGUGCCAUGAUCUGAUGAAUCUGACAUGGUUGGAACACAAAAAAAGAAAAGUAUUUUGAAAUGUAAGACAAUUGCAAACUCAUCUUAAAAAAGAGGAACAUUGUAAAGUUUGGAGACUUUCACUUUCAUUAGUUUAGCACUUUUCUAACCAAUGGCUCUUUCUAUUUUGGGCAUGUUGGGGUCUGCAAAUGUUGCUUUCAGUUCAGGAAAGUAAAGCAAAGGUGAACCACCAGAACUAUGAAUUGUCACCUACUAGACCACUGCUUGAAAGAAUCAAGCAAAACUUUAUACUACGAAAAUGCAUGGUGUAUAAAAUACACAAUCUAUAUAAUGCAGAAUGUGUCAAUUUGUGCUAGUUUUCUUUCUGGAUUAUUUGCUGUCUUUAGGGUUAUAUUAUAUAUUAUAAUACAUUAUAUAUUAUAAUUUCUUGUUGAGAAGUGAACAAAGUGAUUCAGAUUGUUUUGUUUAUAAAAUUACUAAUACAAAUUACUAGUCCAGGUGCCUGGGUCAAGCUGAUUACAUACCCAGGCUAUUGGUUUUUUAUUUACAGUUGCCCAGUGGACAUGUAGGUUCAGUAAACUGUUGAUAUUGUAACAACCAUCAGCACAUAUUUUCAUCAACAAAUGUGGAAUAUAAACUGGAAUAUAAUCCAUUGAUGUUCAUAAAUCACCCCAAUUGUUUCUUAUAUUUCUUGAUAUUAAAAACCAUCCUGAUGCUGUUGCACUGCUGUUUUCCAAAUCCUACCUGCUGCACUCCAAAAAUGAACCAUGAAGGACAUGAUCUGAUUGCUGGAACUAUUUUUUGAGGCAUAUUGUUUAACCUGACUGGAUGCAAGACAAUCUUCCAGAAUCAGGAAUAAUACAGGAUGUGGAAACAAUGAGUAAAUCCAGUACUGUAGCUCCAAUGAUAACACAGUAUGCAGUCACCUCAAAUUUAAACACUUCAUUAUGGGAAAAUAAAGAUACUGGUCAGAGUCAGAUACCAUCUGUACAUGUGAAGAGAAAACACAACUCAGUCAAAACAUUAGCCAAGAAUUUUCCUGUUAUUUCUGUUUAUCAAGGGUGGAGUUUUGAAGGUUAUCAUGGGUGCAAAUAGACGUUAGGAUAUGAUAAAGAGUGUAGUUAUAUAAGGUCACCCUUCCUAUGGAGUCAAGUAUUUGCUUAUUUUCUCUAAUCUGUAUUAAUGUACAAAAUUGUCGAACUUUAUUAGUUGUCACUUUGAUAGUCUGGACUGGGCAAACCCACAGAUUAAUUAAUGCAUUUAUGGUUUGUCUACAUCUCACCAUGUACCGAGAACGCUUAUAGCUUCCGUAAGAUGCCUCACAGACAAAUAUUACAUAAAAUGCUUAGAAAAUAUAUUUUUCCAAAUAUAGUUUUCCAGUAGUGCUGUUAUAAGGUAAUAACUUAUAUUUUAUUUAAUCUCACUGUGCAUCAUGAUUCUGUGUUGUUAUUAUUAUAACCUUACAGAUAACAUUAAUUUACCUAUAGCCUUACGUACUGCUUACCAGAGCUCUAGUGAUCCCUAUCAGAAACAAAACAAAGCAAAAAAUGUAGCUUAUGUAAAAGUUGAGUAUAGUGGCUUAGUGUGGGGAUUGAUUGUUGUGGGUGUGUGGAGUUUGCAUGUUCUUCCUCCGGGUACUCCGGUUUCCUCCCCAGCCCAAAGACAUGUGUUUGGCUGAUUGGCGUCUGAAGUGUGUGAGUGUGUAUGAGAUUGUGCCUUAUGUGCCCCAAGUCCCCUGGGAUAGACUCCAGGCUCCGCAUGACCGUGUGUAGGAUAAACGCUACAGAAAAUGGAUGGAUGGAUGGAUGGAUGCUGAUGAAUACUGAUAUUCCUCUUUAAACAUUUGAUUAAAGCUUAAUUGCCACCUUUCAUGAUCUGUAAUGUCACACUCUUAUGACAAAUAAAUGUAUAUUUUAUAUUAUAUUU